UCAUCACUGGCUUGAUCGGGCUGUUCAUCACACUCGAGUUACGGACCAACCUUUUGUACACGCUCGAUCAUGGGUACUAACGGGGAUUCUGGUCGAGCGUCGUCGGUCGCUUCGAACUCGGGCAGUUUGGUGGACGCAUCAGGGUACAAGUACUCCGAGAAAGAUGCGAAGCCUACGAAGAUCAAAUUGAAGAAGGCGGCCAAGUCGGCCAAGGCGAAGAAGGCUGCUGCGGAAGUGCCCGAAUCGCCCGGCUCGUCGCCCAUACUCCCGGAGAUCGAUGGAAAGACCAUGGCUGCCUUCCCGACGGGCAAGCCCCGCGAGGAAGACAAUUUGGAGACGGUGAUAUGCAAGACGUGCAAGAGGCCGGUCCUCAAGCAGAAUGCGGUCGAGCAUAUCCGCGGCUGUAUCCGGGCGAAGCAGGAGAAGGCGCGGCGGAAGAAAGAGGCGCGCGAUGCGGCGAACCGGGCCAAAGAGAAGGAUAAGGAUGGGGACGACGACGCCGCGGGCGGCGACAAGGACGGGGAUGAUUCGAUCAAGGCGCAGAAGGGCGCGAAGAAGAGCGCCGUCAAGGGCAUGGCGGAGGACGGGACGAAGAAGGGCAAGAAGCGCAAGACCGAGGGCGAGGAGGAUAAGGAGCCCAAGAAGAAAAAGAAGAAGGAGGAGCCUAAGCCCAAGGCCCCGAAGCCAAAGGGCCCCGUCGACGUUGAGAAGCAGUGUGGUGUCAUUCUGCCGAAUGGGGCUCAGUGUGCGCGUUCGUUGACGUGCAAGAGUCACUCGAUGGGUGCGAAGCGUGCGGUGCCCGGCCGUUCUUUGCCCUAUGACAUGCUGCUCCAGGCGUAUCAGAAGAAGAACCAGGCCCGUCAGCAGAAGGCGGCUAUCGAUGCAAAUGCUCCGCUUCAAGAUGAUCUUGAAACCAACGGUCCCGUCGACUCCGACGAGGAGAAAGACGCCGUCAUGGCGGCAAUUCUUCGCUCGCGACCACAACCCCUGGCCACUUAUCCAUUGAUCUCGACCAAGAAGAAAUACAAGUACGUGCGAAUCAAGGAGAUGCUUUCUCAUGCCUUGGGCGGAGCUCGGGGCGGCGGACUCUUCGCGACCGGGGACGCCACUCCAACCAACGAUGGAAAUCCGUUUCAGCCGAUGGACGAUCUUCCCCUAGCAUCCCCUGUCUCUGUGACGGGGUCGGAUAACGCACCAGAUACAGCGAAGAAGACCCCUGCGCCAGCUCCAAAGAAGCUACCGGUGGCGGCCUCUUCGUAAUCUGUAUAUCUGUGUUUCGUCCCAGCUGGUUUGCGUGAUGACCGUCUUCUUAAUAUCUCUUUCUUGUCAUGCGGUUGGCGAAUAUGUUGGGUAUGUUGGCGUUUAAUGGACGUUCAUGGAUGUUCAUGGAUGUUCAUGGAUGAGGUUAUUCUGGUCUGGAGCUGUUCGGUUUUGAUGAAAUGAUACCCCUAAGUCUAUUGUACACGGCAUAUGGAGUCUUCCUGUCUCAAGCUGAGUUGUAACGACAUUCGAUUCUCUUGUUUUCUUCCCUUCAUAGAAACAUUCAAAGGACAUUUUAACUGGUUGUACACGCAAUGUUGAGAGC